AUGAAGGUGAUGCCCCAGUAUAACCUGUCGAGACUGCCAGAAAACACAGCCCUGAAGCAGCAGAAGUUGCCUGCCCACCAGCUAAAUUUAUCUGCCUCGGCGGUCCUCUCCAUCUUUUUUGCCACAGGAGGGUUCUGCCUCUGUAUGGGCAUCGUCCUUCUUCUGUCUGCGAAGAGCACCAAGGAACUUGAGAUUAAUUACACAAGCAUAUGUGCAAAUUGUGCGCAGCUACGGGAAAAUAGCUCUAAUUUUGACAAAGAAUGCACUUGCUCUGUUCCGUUUUACCUUCUGGAUAAAAUGGAGGGUAAUGUUUACAUGUACUACAAAUUGUAUGGUUUUCAUCAGAACCUCUAUCGAUACAUUCUAUCAAGAAGCAAUAGCCAGCUGUUGGGCAAGGAUAUUUGGGAUGUUAAGGACUGUUCUCCAUUCCAAGUGUCCCAGGACGGCACUCCAAUCAUUCCUUGUGGUGCAAUUGCCAACAGCAUAUUCAAUGAUACCAUAACUCUUUCAUACAACCUUAAUUCGUCUAUAAAUAUAAAAGUCCCAAUGCUAAAGACUGGGCUUACAUGGUGGACAGAUAAGUAUGUCAAGUUUCGGAAUCCAAGAACCAGUGACCUUGCUAGUGUGUUUGCAGGAAGUACAAAGCCCCUGCAUUGGACCAGGCCUGUCUACGAACUAGACACAGAUGAUCCAGGGAACAAUGGCUUUGUCAACGAGGACUUAAUUGUUUGGAUGAGGACAGCUGCCUUUCCCACUUUCAAAAAACUGUACCGCCGGCUCAAUCGAGUGAACUAUUUUGUUGAAGGCUUGCCUGCUGGUAACUACAGUUUCAACAUCUCCUACAAUUUUCCAGUAACCGCGUUCCAAGGGGAAAAAUCUGUUGUUCUUUCCACCCUGACAUGGAUCGGAGGAGGUGGCCUUUUCUUGGGGCUUACUUACACAGUGACAGGGGCAUUGACAUUGUUGGCCUCUUUUGCCAUCCUGGCAAUUCACUUGAUGCUAAAAAGGACUAAAAGAAAUUUCCUGUAG